AUGUUAUUAGACUACGUUCAAUUUCUAUAUGUGCUAACGUCUGUUAAUGCUAUAUGGUUCGUCAUAUUUCACAUCUAUUGUUCCAGCGGAAGAGUUUCGUCGGGAGAGGAAGAUAUAGAACCCGUAAGACCACCGCAGGCAAGUGGGAGAAGGAAGUCAGCAGAAAAACGCGUACCGCAGCAGGGCUUCGAUCGUCGCCCGACUCCUAAGGGUGGUGUACAACAAUCACCUGCUCCGCUGAAAAUAAGAGCUCCUGAGCAGAACAAAAUGAUGGGCACGUAUGACCCUAACUAUCAAACACUAGCCGGGUUGAACAACGACGACGUAUUCGCUAAAAAGGAUGGAGGUGGUGCUAGACCUUUGAAUAUUAGAGCUCCUGCCCAAAAUAAAAUGAUGGGAACAUACGAUCCAAACUACCAAACAUUGGCUGGCCUCAAUAACGAAGAUGUAUUCAAAAAGAAGGAGGAAGCACCGGCUGCAGGUGGAAAUGUACAAAUUCGACCUCCAGAGCAAAAUAAGAUGGUAGGAACGUAUGACCCGAACUAUCAAACACUGGCUGGCCUAAACAACGAGGAUAUGUUCAAAAAGAAGGAGACCGGUGGUGGUCUAGCGGCCGGGGGUCCAACAGGAGGCGGAGCGUUGAAAAUAAAACCACCAGAACAGAAAAAGGUUAUGGGAACGUAUGAUCCAAACUAUCAAACGUUGGCUGGUCUUAACAAUGAGGACAUUUUUAAGCCGAAGGCUGAAAACAAGAAAAAAGAAGGCAAAGAGGACAAUGAAAAUCGAUGGUGUACCUACUAA